AGUUCAGUCAUAGCAGUUCAGUCAUUUCGUGGAUUCCGUGUUGUGCAGUUGCCAGCAUCAAAAAGCGCGUGUGUUGUGGAGUUUACAUACGUUAUUUUUGUUUUCUCCGAAGAAGUAACUUUAGCCUUUACGUUCAACUACUCAUCAAAUACAACUACACCACACAUAUAUAUAUAUAUAUUGUUUUUAUGCACAUAUUGUGAAAAAAAUAAUUACAUUUACUCCACAAAGAGAAGUAUAUCCUUACGCGACAAAUUAUUGUUAAAAAAGAUAGAACUAGUGGAAUAAUUGUUUGUUAUGUGAAAAAUUAUAGAAAAAUAAAUAUUUUACAAGAGCGUUUUCCUCAUCGAAUACCUCGACAUAGUAGAUUAGUGGUGUCAUAGAGAAAAUAUAUUUUUGAUAAAAACUUUGUGUCGAGAGUGAAUUGAAUUUUACAAUAGUGAGACAACAACCCGGGAAUAAAGUGCUGCCGUAUGCCCCAAGUGAAUGAAUCAAAAAAAAAAAACGCACGAAUGCGAAAGAGGCAAAUUGAAAAGCCCAACAUUGUGUGGAUUACAUUACAAUUUAAACGGAUUAUUUGCCAUCAUCAACAAACACAUAAACAAAAUACAUUUUGGGGAAACGCCGGAAAUUAAGUUCAGUGUGUUCAUACGAAGUUUAAAUUAGCCACCAGCUCCAGCAAGGAAAGACAUCAAGAACUGACUUUUCCAGAUAUUAGUAGGAAGAACAUCUUUUCUAUCGUUGCCUGCACUUGCCAAUGACACAGCCCCAUACAUUUAUUAAAAUCAUUGGUGAGAAGGGAGUACAAAUAGAAAAGCAUGCUGAAAUAAAGAACGAAUUGAAACAGAUAAGAACGUCACAUAUACUAGAAGCAAUCUGCUGAACAAAGCAGAAGUGAAAAAAAACCUCACAUCUAGGUGUAUUGCGUGCACUGGGAGUUCUGAGUGGAAAGGAAAGACUACCCGAAGAAGGCAAGGGGAAAGAGGGCAGCCUGCAGAUUAAAGUUGAUGUCUUAAAGGUCGUUGUUACAGGAAUAUAAACAACAACAUUAAAUGUAAUUAGUGCCUCUUGUAAUAACACAAUCACUAACACAUUUACACUAACAAGCAAAUGAAAGAAGGACGCGCAAUCACAACAAAGCUUUCCUGAUGUUUAUGUAAGGCUUUAGAAACACAAACAACAAUUCGAAAGACAUCACCAUCGUUUUCGGAUGAAUUUACGUCUCUGCUUUAUGAGCAGGCCCAGGCAUCACGCAAUCUAGAUGAAUGAUUUUCUAGGACUACGACGAGGAACAUUUGUCAUCGAUUCUUGAAACUAACAUCAACGUUGUUGAGGAACCAUAGCAGUAAUCAUUGGCUGUCAGCUCAGAUCUCCAAAAGGGGAUACCUUAAGAUUUUGCUAAAAAAAAACGCAACACGAUUUAUCUUUAAUUUUAUAUAUAAAAUGGCAUCAUUCAAGGAACGUCGACGAAGUUUGUCCAUUUCUUCGUCAAUCACAUAUUUUUGUAAGUGUAGCAUAUACAUCGCAGUUGGCCUCGCAGUGAUAUUAACCAGCGGUAGAGUAGACAGCAAAACGGAGGCUGCAGUCUUGUCAUCGCUUUCGUACAGCAACUUGGAAUAUGACACAGCUAUGAACUGGGAUUACUCCGUUGAUCUUAAUGAGGAUUUUCGCGUGUACUGGACAAUCGUCAAUCAAGACAUAACAUUCGAGAUACAAGUAAGGACCCUUGGAUAUGUAGGUUUUGGUUUCUCAAAAGAUGGUAAUCAAAUUGGUGCUGACAUGGCCGUAGGAUGGGUUGAUGCAGGCCAUACAUUUUUCCAGGAUCGUUACGUAGAUGAGCUUGGCUCAGCUGAGCCUCUAGUUGAUCCUUCUCAGGACUAUAGUUUAAUGAAAGGUUACGAAAAUAGCACCCACACAGUACUACGAUUUCGUAGAAAACUUAACACUUGCGACAAUCAACAUGACAUUGCGAUCACCAAUAACACCAUGCGUGUAAUGUUCAUGUACCAUGAUGAAGAUCCCUCGAGAGGAUCUUCAACUCCAUCUGCACUUCCUAAUCCGCUGGAGUCGUGGCGACCCUAUCGGUCAGUGUUGCUGUUGCAGAAACCGCUUACAGUUUUGCCGCGUUACGAACCGUCUGCUCGGAUACUGGAAUUGCGGAAUCAGGACGUUGAACUUCCUUAUGGUGAUGAUUCUCAAUUUUGGUGUACAAUGUUCAAGUUGGACAAACUGGAUCGAAAAUAUCACAUCAUAAAGUAUGAGCCAAUUUUCGAUUCUUCGUGGAGCUAUCACUAUUUGCAACAUAUAACGCUGUACGAAUGCCAAGGCAACAAUAUUCAAUUGGAGGAGAUGUCACGAGGUGGUGGUCAAUUAUGCAUGGGGGCUCACAGUUUACAGUUGGGCUGCAAUGCUAUUGUCGCUUCGUGGACAAGGGGUUCAGAGGGCUUUGUGUUUCCCGCUGAAGCCGGUUAUCCACUGGAAUCCAAACACAACAAAUACUAUUUGAUGGAAACGCAUUACAACAACUUAAAUGCCGAGUUUGAGCCAUACCAAAGUCAUCGUAUGACCGACAGUUCGGGACUCAAAAUCGUAUUCACACAGGACCUGCGACCACAUGAUGCGGGUGUGCUGUCAGUGGGCAUGGAUCCCAAUUGGCGUCACAUCAUUCCACCCGGACAAGAACGCGUCAUUUCACAAGGACACUGCAUGGAAGACUGCACAGGAUCUGCAUUUUCACAAGAAGGCAUCAAUAUAUUUGCCGUCAUGAUGCGUACCCAUCAAAUUGGGCGAGAGGUCAAAUUGCGCCAGAUACGACAGAAUGAGGAACUCGUUCCCAUUGCUCACGAUAGCAACAUCGAUCCAAACUAUCAAGACUUUAGACGUCUUUCCCAUCCUGUACGCUCCAUGCCCGGCGAUAGAUUGGUUGCGGAGUGCAUUUAUGAUAGUUCGUCACGAAAGGCAAUUACACUCGGUGGACUAACAAUGAAAGAGGAAUCUUGUACGGUGCUAACGCUUUACUAUCCACGCCAGAAGAGUCUGACAACCUGCCACUCACUUCCAAGUCUGCCCACCGUCCUGCAUUCACUGGGCAUCGAACAAUUGGCUAUGACAUCCAAUCCGGUUGUUAUUGCAUCGCCUCCUGAACUGGCUGGCAUGACUUUGGAGACUCGCCUGUUGUCAUACGACUGGGAACAUCAGUUUGACAAAUUCCAAGAGGCAACUCUCCGUGGUUCCUUCAAGCCAAUCUGCAGUGGAGCCCACAAUGAACAUUUACCGAUAUCUGAGCACUUAAUCGGCUACAACAAGAACAUAAGCAAAACAUAUCGAGAGCCACGACGUUGUAAGCCAAAGCGGCUAUUUGUCACCGAGACGAUCCCUCAACUAGAAUUACCUGUUUUGCGCGACUUGGAGACUAAUCACCUCAGUGAAGCGUCGGUGCGCAGCAGCCGCAGCUCCUUCAUCGAAACCCUGGCGCUGAGUGGCUCGGAGGCUUCGUCAUGCAGGCUGUGCGCCACUUGGCUUAGCAUAUACAUAACCAGCCUCAUGUAUCUUGCCAUUGUGUGGCUCGCUAGAUGAAAUGACCGGUUCGCCAGUGACUAUAGUCAUUAAACUUACGAUUUUCAGUUUGACUUCAUGUUAUUUAUGUACCUACAUAUGUAUAUUUUUGUUUCACUCGUACCGUCUCUUCUUCUUUUCCAUUUUAUUUUUGUUUACUGUUCGCUGAUUGUUCGCCAGUGUGAUUGGUGACAAACUGUGUUUCUACGAACACCAACUUAAUAAGCAAUAUUUUGACAAUGACUGUUGUUGAAAGCAAACCCCACAUUUAAGAUACUUAUAACAAACAAACAUACAUACUUACAUACAGAUAUAUGUAGUCUAUAUGCAUUUGAUGUUAUACCUACAAACCUCCACACACACACACACACACACACAAACACACACUAUCUCUACAUAGCGCAAACUUUUUCAUUUCUUAUUCGCUCGCUCCUGUCCAAGCACCAUACAUAUUUAUAUUUUUAGAAGCGAUAAGCAAUACUACUUAUGUUUUCUCUCUUGACAAAUUCUAGUUUAUUCAAAAUGUAAAAGUAUAUGCACAUACAUACAUACAUACAUAACCAAGCCUAAGUGACAUUGGCAGGAAGGAGCUUCAGAAAGGGCAUUGGAUGAGAGAUGAAAACCUUUGUUUGAUAGAGAUACAUGCCAGCGUUACCAGGUGCUUCUAUUUGCCCAAUUUUUAUAUCGAAUGCGAGAAAACGAAUACACUUUUUGUAUUAAUUGAUCGGAUUGCAUUUCCAUUCAAUUAGAAAUUCCAAAUUCCGAAAAAGAUCCAACCACAUUAUGAAAGCAACUUUUAAAGGCUUAAACAGGUGUUACAUUGUGAUUUCUACAUUCAACCAAAUUUGUCUACAGAAAAUGGUAAAGCAGACAUUACUGCUGUUUCAGCAAACACAGCGCUGCUGUAUUAGCAAACAUUUCGGUCAGCUAAAUCAGCAAACAAAAUCCGCUGUUUUAAGUACAGAAAUCUGCUGAAAAAAAUAUUUUACUUUUUUAUGUUUGCCUGUUACUUGUUUUGAUUACUUUAGGCUUUACAUUUAAAGAAACGAGAUUAUGAAAAGUAUACAUCUGUAGUGAUUAUAUACAUCCGCUAAGAAACACGUUUAUAUUUACAUUUGUAUUUUAUUUUUUCUUCUAACAUCCCCUUUAUAAUUAAGCAGCAGUCAUAUUCAACAAACUACAGACUUUUCAGAAGUCAGCCUGCUGCUCUGAAUUUGCAGAACUACUGCUGUAAAAGCAGCAAAAUGAACUACUAAUACUCAGCAGACAGUGUUUCCUAUUUUGUACCCACACAUUUUCUAUAAAUAGGUAUAUUUUUUGGAAGGUCUCAAUAUCGAAAGAAACACUGCUUUACCAUACAUGUAGCAAUUCAACUACUAGCUUAUUGGCUGUAACAGAAGUUGAAUAUUUAAAGUUGCUAUCACAGGAUCUGUUUU